AUGUACCGUCCAACAUUGAUCGUAGCAGCCGUUUGGCUACCAUUAAUCCUCGCAUCAGCUCCAUUGGAAUUGGAAAAGUUUCCAACAACUCGUGAUUCCCAUGACGACAGUCGCUACCUGCUGCAAAAAGUCUCGGAACCUGUCUCAUAUGAGCUAUUCCUGGACAUUACCAAUUACUAUUUCUAUUCGUAUUCCGGAACCGUUGAAAUAGAGUUUCGCUACACAGGUGAUCAGAAUCAUUUUUAUCUGCACAGUGACGGAUUAGUGAUAGAUGAAAGCAGUAUUACGGUAACGCGGCCCGAUGGAACCAAUCUGCCAGUUGGAAACGUAAUCUAUAUGGAACAGUUUGAGCAAGUCUAUUUCGGAUUUGCGGAGCCCCUGCUAACAGGAGAACAUUAUAAGAUUCGAAUGAGCUUCCUCAACAAUAUUGGUACCGAGCUUAAAGGGCUGUACAGAAGCAGUUACGUCAUUCGCAAUACAACGAGGUAUCUGGCUACAACUCAUUUUGAAUCCACAUACGCCCGGAGUGUAUUUCCCUGCUAUGAUGAACCCGCGUACAAGGCUACAUUCAAUGUACGAAUACGCCACCGUCCAGAGUAUACUGCAUUAUCCAACAUGCCAGCCAUUAAGAGGUAUACCGUUGGCGAUUACACGGAAACAACAUUCGACACGACGCCUCUAAUGUCGACAUAUUUGUUAGCGUUUGUCAUAUCCGAUUUUAAAACUAUAUCGCAAGAAACGGAUCGCUUCAGGGUAUUUGCUGCGGAAGAUAAGUUCGCCCACACGGAGUACGCGUUGGAGUUUCUUGCCAAGUCUUUACGAACCUUGGAAACAUUUUUUGGACACCAAUAUCAGUUACCGAAAGUGGAUCUUAUAGCUAUACCAGAUUUCGCGAUGGGUGCAAUGGAGAAUUGGGGUCUGAUAACGUUCCGAGAGCAGUACUUAAUUUAUGAAGAAGGCGUAACAACGGCCAGGACGAAACAAAACAUUGCUGACCUGAUCACACAUGAGCUAACUCAUAUGUGGUUUGGCAACGAGGUUACUCCGGAUUGGUGGACCUACUUGUGGUUAAGUGAAGGCUUUGCUAGGUACUUCGAAUACUACAUUACAUCACAGCUUGAACCCAGCUGGAAGCUUUGGGAGCAGUUUAUCGUGAAUAAUGUACAUUCGGCCCUUUCUCAAGACUGCCACACACACAAUCGAAUGAUGAGCUACUACGCAACAGAUCCUGUUAUUCUAAAUGAUCUAUUUGACUACGUUGUGUAUGCAAAGAGUGCUUCGGUUAUACGGAUGAUGCAAAAUGUUAUUGGGCUUGAAACCUUCAAGCAGGCUAUCAACGACUAUUUACGAUCACGGAGUUAUCUCACGACCAAACCGGAGUAUCUUUAUGCAAGCAUCGAAAAGUUCCGCACAGUCGAUCUUCCGGCUAGUGUAGAAUCCAUCUUCGAGAGCUGGGCUAAUGCACCGGGCUAUCCUGUCGUAACGGUUACGGUCGACCGUACCCAGCGUACGUUAACGGCUUCCCAGAAGCGCUUUUGGAUGCCAAACGAAGUAGAUUCACCACCGGAAAAUAAGCUGUUCUAUAUUCCGCUGAAUUAUGCUUCAAAUGUACCGUCGUCAAACGAUUUCCAAGAUACAGCUCCUACAUUCUGGUUGACUCCGGAAGACCCUUCCACGACCAUUGCACUAGAUACGGGUGUCGAGUGGCUUGUAGUGAACAAGCAGCAGACAGGAUACUAUCGGGUGAACUACGAUGUCGAGAGCUGGCGCAAAUUGAUCGAGGUACUGAAUAGCGAUCGUUUUGAGGAACUUCUUCCCGUCAUAAAUCGAGCACAACUUGUAGACGAUGUAGCAAAUCUAGCCCGCGCGGGUCAAGUCGGGUACGAUGUGGCAUUGUCCCUGAUACAAUAUCUGGAGCGGGAAACGGAAUACAUACCCUGGAGUACAGCUUACAACGCCUUGUUGCACAUGGACAGAAUGUACUCUGCAGUCGGACAGUAUGGUAGGUUUGAAAACUAUUUGCGUUCUAUUACUGGAUGUAUGUAUGAAAACGUACUACUAACUGGACCAAUGGAUCAUGUUAGUAGACUUCAUCGUGGAAAUACAGUUUAUCUAGCGUGCUACUCUGGGGUGCAGAAAUGUGUGGAUGAUGCGAACACGCUAAUCACGAAAGCCAUCGACGAUACUGCGUUCAUUAUCCCCGAGGAAGUUCAAUCGGCAGUCUUUUGUGUAUUGCAUAAGUAUCCAGCUGCAACAUUCAACGCGCAGAGCGACUUAUUCGAAAAAUAUAUACAAACCGCCAAGAGUCCUCAGCAAUUAGAGAUGGUUAACCGGCUUCUGGCUAGCAUUGGGUGCGCACGAAAUGAAACCACGUUGGAAUACUAUCUAGCACUCACCACGUACAACUACCCAGGGCUUCCCGUAACUGCUGAGCAAAGGAAUCAAAUCUAUCUCGGGCUAAUCAACGGAAGUCCCUCAACGCGAUUGGCUGCUUUGCGCUAUAUGCACGAACAUUUUUCCACCGUCAGUUACUUACUGACCUCAGUAACCCCGAUCUUCACAGAAUUGGGUAAUCGCAUCAAUUCUCGAUCACAAUACGAACUGCUUCAAAACAUCGUGGACCAGUACGGCAACACUUUGUUGAGUACAGCAAAAGCAGCAGCAGAUGCUGCUCUAGUACAGGCGGACCAGAACAUUCAAUGGAUUGAAAAGCAUACAGAAGCCAUAUCUGCUUGGUUGAUUGAGAAUGCAUAUGAGGGAACUACCGUGAAACCACCCGGCGGUGGAGCCGGGGUGAUCCAUUCCGUCGGUAUGCUGACUGCUUUCGGAAGUGCCAUAAUUUUGUUGAUGUCAACAGCAUUGCUGCGUUAA